UCACGUGAUUGUUGGUUAUUAGUCGUCACUUCCUUAACAACAACUUCUUCCUCCAUAUCCAUCUCGUGGUGCCUUUUGUUCACGUACCUUUCGUCUCUACUUCCAAGUCCAGAUGAAGUAGAAACUCUGAUCGCCCGCUAAUACCUCACUAAUCGCAGGAAUCAUGCAGCAAUCAUCCCGUCUCCUCAGCUUUCCCCUGGCGAAGUAUUCCAGGGCAGAUGACGUCCCCAGAGAUGUGGAACGAUUCAACUGGAGCCAUAUACAACACAAUCUAACAGCGGCCAUUGACGUAUAUGGCGGAGCUAACAAUUUCGACGGCCAGUCGGCCCAAAUGCUCAGAGUGUAUCAUGGGGCACAGAUCUUAGAAGCAGUUCCCAUCCAGGAGAUGAUAUGUCAGGCUGAAGAGGUUAUCAAGACCAUGCUGCAACUCAGAGUCCAGGUAAAAAAUGAACAAUUGCCGAUUUCAGCAUUAACACGCCGUCCCCUCUUCGCUCUUCGUUACAAUCUGCCCGAUGAGAAGGUCCGUCGGAUGCAGCUAAAGUUCAUCUCCGAUGAUGAUUUCGACAAGUUCUACAACCAUCUCAGCAACUUGGGGCUUCGGAUGUCAACCAGCGGAGGGAGACCGUCUACCGCGAGUGUCCAAUCUACUGGCCAGUCCACACGAUAUUCUGGCGCGACUUGCCCGCCAACAAGGCUGGCUGAGAUAAGCAAUCGUCCCAGCACCGCUCUUGCAACUGCCUAUGUCAGUCCAACUGUACCGAAGGUGUCGUCUCCAACUGCCAGCCGGCCGACCUCUGGUUCUACCUCUGGUGGGAUAAUUCCCCAACGUUAUCCAGUCACUUCAGGCUCGUAUCUCGCAAAUCCGCUUGAGCCACCUGAAUAUUUCCCACGUCCAGACUCAUCUUCGUCUAGUUUAGGUCGGCCUUGCAGUAGCGCGUCAAGAGAUCCUGCACCUGUUUUCCAAACCGUCGAGGAGCAUUCAACCUUCCCCACUGUUCCCUCGAGCGCCACAAUGUUGUCAACGCACCGCAAGGUAACCGAAUCCGCUCUUCCCCCACGGCGAGAAUUGCCUUUUGCCAGGUCAUCUCCUCCGAAGUCCUCUGGAAGUGACACGGCUCGGCCAUUGAGUCGUCCCUCGAGCGGUAACAUGGGCCCUCCACCAUUGCCGGCACCCUCUCAACUUCCCGGUCGCACCCCCAGCUUCGGUCAACGCCAUGGAAGAGAGGCGACUACUUCGCCUGCACCACAUCAUGCUCCGGUUGCGGUUACAUCCAAGUUCACUAGACCCAGAUCAGCGUCCAGUGGAUUCUCUACCAGCCCCAGCGCCUUGAAUCUGCCACCCCUUCCUCAGCCUACUUUUGUGGGCAGCACCGUGGGGAAGCUCCAUCGCAACAACUCCUCGCCGGUUUCGUACGAUAUGACAACUGAUCCGCAGAACACCGAUUGUAGGGGAACCACAAGUUCCACAGCCCAGAACGCAUUUCCCCCGUCGCCGUGUUUUCCGCCUACUCCAGGCUCAGGCCCUGGAUCAGAUUCACCGUACCAAGACCGCGCCAUAGCCCAGAUUUUUCAAGCUUUCCACGCCCGUACUGGGGACGCCCUGGCAUCGUAUGCGGCGAAGUCUGACGAUGACCGGCGAGCGAUUCUCAAUGAUUUCAUGAUGAAGUGCAUCGACGACGACAGUUUCUUGACUCUUGUUGAAGACGUCUCUACGUGCUGGGCUAGGAUCGGACUCGGCUUGGGGUGA